UCGUAAAGCUUAUGUCGCCUUCCUUCACCAACGAUGAAGGUCCUUCCCGGUGCCAUCCAUUUUCACCGGCGAAUGAUUGAUGCAAGCCUCUGUCUGCGUCGAUUCGCUUCCAACUCUUCUCAUACGUUUCGAGAUUGGCAACGUGACGUAACUCCCGUCCAUUCAAUCACUGUCAUUAAAGUUUUAAUUGCCUCCAUCUACCCACUCCUUCGACGAUUUCACUUUCAGUACAUCCCUUUCCUUCAAGUCGGUGCAUCUGCAGCUAUAUAUAGAUGUACUUGGCAGACAAAAUCUCAGAAACAUGGGGCAGAGCAUGAUACAGAGGAACUGGAAAGUCUCAAGCAUCAUAGGAUUGAACUUAAGAGGUUAUGCCUUAUGUGUGAGCGGAUAGUCAAGAGCGAGAAGUUAAACGAAAGUUGGCUAUUUCCUCACAUGGGAUACUUGCUGCCAGAACAGUUCACGCUGCAUGUUGAUUACCGGUCCGUGAUCCAUUUUCUCUUCCCGAAGUUUCGUCGGACUCAUCUACAAGAUCAAUAAAAGGUUAUCCAGAUAGUCAUAAGAGCUCAGGCUUAGAAAGCUCAUAGGGUGAAGGAGAGGAAGCUUUGAGAGAGUGAUAAAAAUGUGGAAUCUCUAUGCCUGAUUUCUAACAAAGAAAUCAAAAUUCAGAGCAAGAUGGUACCAUUUUCUGCCCAAAUCUUAAUCCACAUCCUAUAGAUACUACCUAUGUAUGGGCUAAAGUUGUACCUAGAUGCCCCAUCAGAGAUCGACGCAGUCACUUGGUCCAAGUGAAACUGACAUCACUUGCUGACUGAUUUGCUCAGUUAUGGUCAGUGUGGUUCAGACAUGGAAGAGACAUUUAGGUGGAGUAUCAUACAGUGUCAUUUUAUGACUACAUCACUACGUUUGUUAUGCUGCCUCUUUGUGUUCGUUCUUGACACAUCGACAAUAUUUCCUUUGUUAUGUAAAUAUAAUCUUUUGGUG